AUGCCGCCGAGCACGGCUUACGGUAUAUACGCGGCACCCGUCUCUGCGGCCCCGAUAGCCAUUUACUGUGUGGAGACACGAUCUGCGCUCAGUUUGGAAGAACGGGAGGCCAGCGAUGGUUGGUUUGCAGUGCCGACAGGUGCAUUGAACUUGAAGCCACCAGUAUGCGGAGCCAUGUCUGAACCCAGCUGGAUGUAUGCAUGGACGUGGCAUUUUUCUCGGUUCUGUCCCUUCAACUCUCGGUCUCUGAUAGUCGUCGUUCCUCUCAUCCGGACACUACGCCUUCACCCCCUCUUCAGACGAGCAAAGCAGUCUUGGACCCAUCAAACGUGCGGUCUACACGUCAGUCAAGACCAGGUCGAGUGUGUCUUCUCGUACUGGUGGAUGAAUAAAUUCGACAUGGUCAAGGUCUCUCACAAAGUACCUUCAUCCUUCAGCGAUCCCAUGAACGUCGUUGUCGAUAUGUCGAGCCUGGACCUCGCCAUCUUAGCCUUCGUGAUGCGUAUAUUACCAUCUUUUAGGUGCAGAUAUGAGUCAAAACCCCCAGAACCGGAACCAGUCGAACGACAACCGGUCGAGUCAAAACCUCACGGCCCACCGCAGAUUCCGCCAUUCAAAUUCAGUAUCACACCGCCAUCUACACCGGUGGAAGAGAGUACAAAUCGAGAAUCGGGAGAGGUUUCGUCAUCUACGGCGGCCGUUAGUCACCAGGCAGAAACGGAGAAGAAAGAACCAUCGUCAUCUCCUAGAUCGUUCCCACUGAGACGGUAUUCAAGCAAGAAGGCCGAAGACGCAGCACUUCCCAGCCCACUUCCAUCUUUAAACAGCAAAAAGUAUAUCAAAAGCAGUGCAAGUAUACAAAGCGAUACAGCGGGUAAGCCCAUCAAAAUACGGUCGACGCAGGAAGACUCUGCGUUCAAUUCUUUCAAGAGGCUCUGUGAGGCACAUGGCCUUUUGCAGAGACCUGUACGCCUGGCGAGCAUGAUGGGAUUGAUGGAAUCAAUGAUGAGGCUAUCCUUCCGUACGUGCCUUGUUCCAAGUUUAGAAUUAUCCCCUCUGGACUAG